GAGAAAACAGCGUCGUUUCAAUUCACUGAUUGUUUGAUCUGUAAUUUUGCUAUUGUUUCGUUGUGAAACACGAUGCCAAAGGUGCGGCGGAGUAGAAAGCAGCCACCCGAGGGAUGGGAACUGAUUGAGCCUACACUCGAAGAGCUGGAGCAAAAGAUGCGUGAAGCCGAAACAGAACCGCACGAAGGAAAACGAAUUACGGAAUCAUUGUGGCCGAUCUUCAAAAUACAUCAUCAGAAGUCGCGCUACAUUUACGAUCUGUUCUACCGCCGGAAAGCAAUCAGCCGAGAAUUGUACGAUUAUUGUCUGAAGGAAAAGAUAGCCGAUUCGAAUCUUAUAGCUAAAUGGAAAAAGUCGGGCUAUGAAAAUCUUUGUUGCCUGCGCUGUAUACAAACCAGGGACACAAACUUCGGUACGAACUGUAUUUGCCGUGUGCCGAAAUCGAAAUUAGAGGAAGGCCGAGUGGUCGAAUGCGUACACUGCGGAUGUCGAGGAUGCUCGGGAUGAAUCAAUUUUGUGCAGCUAUUAGUUGCAACGGGUUGCCUGACUGUAGCUAAAACGUUUUCUUUUUACCAUUAAAGUGACCGGAUAUUAGCGGA